AUGCGUGACUUCAUCAACGAAUUGGAGGAUUAUGUGCCAACGAUUCCAGAUGCGGUAACAACGCAUUUUAUGCGUGCAUGCGGAUGCGACUGCAGUGAUCCAAGGAUAGUGAGGUUGGUUGCUCUCGCAACUCAGAAAUAUGUUUCUGACAUCAUUCUUGAUGCGAUGCAGCAGGCAAGAAUGAAGGGUCUGGGGCAGACCAAGAAGGGUACGAAGGAGACGCGUUACUGUCUGACAAACGAUAUUCUGGAGCCGGUCUUGAAAGAAUAC